AUGGAGCAGGGCACAUGUGGUACUAGGGUUGGUGCAACCCUGGAGUCCCACUCCUCCGCAGACUCGCGGACCGUUCCUCUGCCCUGGUCCUGUCCCACUGAUGUAUGGCUCUGCGGUCAUCUGCGGAAGCAAAAGUCGCAGCGGCUUCGUUUCUUCGUGCUCCGCGCAGAGCCUCCGCGACUAGAAUGCUACAAGAGUGAGAAGAAAUUUCGCGCUACCUGCGCCGAGAAAGAGCCGGGGCUGCAAGGUGGCACGGCCGUGCGCCCUAAGUGGAGCGUGAGUUUGGUGGGAGCGUGCACUAUCACCAAGAGCGCCGAUACGCGUCUGGGCCACCUUAUCUUACUCUACACUCACUACAGCAGCCUAGGCUUGGCGGCUGCCAGUGAAGAGGAGCAGCAGACCUGGUUCCGCGCCAUACUCGAGCUCCGCGCGGCGGCCGCGACUACCGCCAUUGCCGCCGGGGGCUGGAGCCCGGACCAGGACUCCGGGGCCCGAGACCCCGCUGCGUGCCAGGAGGUGUGGCCAGUGACCCUGCGGCCCAAGGGGCUCGGGCUACAGACCCGUAGCCUGGGCUGCGGCUGUUACCGACUGUGCCUGAGCUCCGGGGCGCUGGGGCUCAUGCGGAAGCCCAGGGAAACCGGAGAGGUCUGGGAAUCCGGAAGCCCUCGCCGUGUCCCUUCCUUGCCGCCCCCUGCCCUCUCGCUGCCCCUACUCAGUGUGCGGCGUUGUGGCCAUACCGACGCCUUCUUUUUCCUGGAGCUCGGCAGAUCGGCACCCACAGGGCCGGGGGAGCUGUGGCUGCAGGCUCCCGACGCGCUGGUGGCCCGGAAUAUCCAUGAGACUGUGCUGGACGCAAUGAAACGGCUUGGUGGGACCGGGCUGGGCACAGAACAGCAACUUCAGGGAACCUCCCCGGCCGCCCCUAAGUCCCCGGCCCUGGCCCGACCCGAGUCUCCAACCACACCCGCUGCCCGAGCUCACCGGGGCCAAGAUUAUAUCCAGAUGAGCCCCCCUCGGGCCUGGGGUGUGGCUCGAGAAGAGAGCCAUGCUGGGAGCUAUGCCCUCAAGGCAGAGGUGGGGCUGGAGCCAAGUGGGCUGGGGGACUACAUAGCUAUGGAGGCCGAGGGCGACUAUGUGUCCAUGGGAGGCAUCGAGGCCAAGGGUUACAUGGUGAUGGGGUUGCCCCCGACGGAUACAUCGCUUCCUAAUCCUCCAAAUCGGCCACUUGGAAACUGGGGUGGCUCCGAAUAUAUGACCAUGGAUCGGUCUUUCCCGGAGUCGCCGAGGAACUCCUCCAGCUCAGUGCCCCACUACUCAGAGCCGCAGCACAGAUUAAUAAAGCUGCUUCCCCCUGGCAAUCCGGCGACUUGCAACGAUAGCCAAAGCGGCCGCUGUAAACACCAGGAUGCCAGUAAACUGACAACCCCCCGGGCUCUGGAGCCGGCAGAGGAAUACGAAUGCAUUGAAGGUCCAGUCUACUUAGCCAUGGAGGCCGGCAGGGCAGAGGAGACUCCCACUGCCAACCGGGAAAGCAGCCUCAACUACGUCGACCUGGAUCUUCCGGGGCAAGAAGGACAAAGCAGUCAGGCCCAGGCUCAGGCUCGUCCUCUGGUCCCUACCCGUGGGGCCCGGCCCCAUACCUAUGCCAAGAUCAAGUUCGGGAGGCUGGGUGAAGAGGAAUCCUGACAGAGGAACACGGGGAAUUCCCCUGUGGCAACUUCCCUGGAGGUGCUUCCUCAUUCCCUGCCCCUUCCAAAUUGGUAUUUUGAAUUCCUGGAGUAGUGCUCUUGAGACCACCAGAUCUGCAUCCUGUUGGUCAGGAUGAAUGUCCUGACAUAAACCCUUAGCUGCCACAGAUCAGCCUCAUAGCUCCUGCAUUAUUCCUGACCAAAUUUCCUUGAGCAAGGAAGAAUCUUAGGAGCAGCUUUCCCUUGGUAGCUGGUAAGGCCCUCAGAGAAAAAUACCCUGUAAUUCUGGGUGCAGCCCCGUUAACCUCUGGGAACUUCCUUUCCCCCACAUCUCUGCUCCCAUGGCGGCCCCCCCAGUAAACACGCAAGGCUAUGCUCAUCAUUAGUCUUAGCAGAGACAAUGUAGCCCACCUUUUAGACUGCACUAAUUAAUGGCACUGUUCCAGCCCCUUCUGCCCCCUACUCCAGUGAUUUCCUCAUAUGCUACCAUCCCCUAGAUAUGGGGUGAGUGAUGAUAGCAACCAAUACAAUAGAACAUUCAUUACUAGUGGAAAGGGGGAAGAUCUGGAUUGACUUGUUAUCCCCACUGUUCAGAUUCCUAGUCAUACUACAUACUAGAGCCUAUGCCACAAAUAGUUUAGACUGUACACUGCUAGAGUAUGAUUCUUCGCAUUUGUAUCCCCAGUACUUAGCUAUAGGAGCCUGGAAUGAUUAAUUAAAUACUUUUCUAUUGUGGGACACUUGAA